AAACGCUGUGGCUGCACAGGAGGAGGAUGUAUGAAGGGGAGGAUGACAUCUGGGAUCUACUCCGAUUCAAAGACUUCAAGGCCACCGUCCUGGGCCACUUCAUGAAAGAGGCCGUCUGGAUGCUGCUGGAUCUGACUGUUGAUUUGCUGCCCAAGGGCAAGAGAUCAGUGGCUGCUGACAGGCUGUCCUACCCCAAGAUGCAAGGCCCACAUAAUGACAUGGCCAAGGAGCUCUUGGUGGGUGGAUUAUACUAUAGUGUAGUCGAUUUCACACCUCAGGCCAUAGAGAUGGCGGACAGGCAAAGAGCCUUCCGUGCACUUCCAUUCAGUGGAAUGGACAGUGAUGAGAAAAAGCAGGAGUGUAUCUCUGUCCUGAAGCCCACCACAACAUCCAGCGAUAGUGACAGUGACACACCCCUCAGCAGCAGCAGCAGCAGCAGCAGGAGCAGGAGCAGCAGCAUCAACCUCUCCUCAUCACAGGAGACUGUUGCAGCUCUAGACAUGGCACUCAGUGAGGCCCAGCCAAAGUCCACAAAACUGACUUGGAGGAAAAGGAUCUUUUCCUGCUGCCGGAGGACUAGAAAUGCUGAGGCCCCUUAUGCAGUGGGAGUGAAGUCUGAUGUCCCUGCGGCAGCACAGAAUAUCAGGAGGAGGCCAUCAUUCGCAUCAAGGGUGGCCUCAGGGCUGUCCAAGCUCUUCUGUUGCUGCAGGCGUCAGUAGGGACCUCUAGUGGCAGGAGGAGGGCACAGCACAGCAGACCACAGGCCAUCACCAAAAAUCGUCCUGUCUUUGCGUGACGUUACAAGGCUGCUAUUACAGCACAGAAAAUCAGUGGAUGGACGGCCGGAGCGAAACACUGCUGUUCUGCCAGUUGGUAGCCUACCAUUCAGCAGCUGUGAUCGCACCGGAGGGCCCAUGACCUCCAAGGGCCUGUCACCAUCCCCAAAAUUAAUGAAACUUCAUUAAAUUCCUAUUUGGUUGUAAAAAGAA